AUGUCCCUUCUACAAUCUCCCGAGGAGCCAACAAAAUUCCCCAGCCGAGAAGACGUCCAGGAACAGCCCCGCAACAGCUCCUCCCACGAUGUCAGCCCGAGCGACCUUGAAUCCGGCGACCAUGACAUCGCUCAGAUCGAGCGCAUCUACCGCAAAAUAGACUUCCGCAUCAUCCCCGCCUUUUGGGUCCUCUACUUUCUCUGCUCCGCCAUCCGAUCAAACGUCGGUCUCGCCCAGACAAUGAACGCCGAAUCCGGUCACGACCUCGGCUCCGUCCUCCACGCUACACCGCACCAGAUCUCAACCGGUCUUGCCCUGUUCUACGUCUGCUACGUCGUCUUUGACCUCCCAUCGAACCUGAUAAUGACAAAGCUGAGCCCGCAUGUAUGGAUGAGUCGGAUUGUGAUCGGCGUGGGCAUAAUUGGGAGUUGUAUGGCUGCUAUGAAGGCUGCGUGGAGUUUAUAUCUCCUUCGUCUGCUUCUCGGUGUUGUCAUUGCGGGUAUGUGGCCUGGGAUGGCGUACUACCUUACGCUCUUCUACCCGCCUUCGCGCACGGGAAAACGCAUCGGGCAGUACUACACCGCGGCGCAGCUCUCCGCUGCGGUGGUCGGUCUUGUCUCGGCUGGAUUCCAGGAGAUGGAUGGCGCUCGCGGACUCGUCGGGUUUCAAUGGAUGUUUCUCGUCUACGGUGUAAUUACCGUUGCCGUCGGCAUCGGCUUGCUUUGGUGGCUACCUGACCGUCCCGUUCCUCCGGGAGAAGAGCCCCCAAAGCGCAGCAAAUGGUUUCAAUGGCUGCCGAAGAGUGCGCCUGUUCUGACAGGCAAAGACGCGGAGCUACACUACCGCGAUCUAACGAGGGUGUAUAAACGGCCCCGAUGGACACUCCGCCACCUGCUCCAGGUUCUGCUCGAUUGGCGGCUGUGGCCGCUCCUGCUCAUGUACUUCGGUGUCGUGGGCGUCGGUAUUGGCGUGCAGAACUACGCCACAGUGAUCAUCAAGGGCAUCAACCCGGAUCUAUCGGGCAUUGAUCUGAGUCUUCUGACGGCUCCGAUCUGGAUUUGCGACCUCAUCGCCAUCCUCCUCGUCACCCCGAUCUCCGACCGCUUCCACCACCAUCGCGCCCUCUUCUUCAGCUUUGCCGCGCUCAUACAAAUUCUCGGACUUCUUCUAACAACCUACGCCGGCACCGAGUCCAACCCCUGGCCUCGCUACGGCGGCCUCCUAAUCGUCGGCUUCGGACUCGGCCCAACGGUACCGAUAACAAUGACCUGGACGACAGAGAUCUUCCAGCCGCGGCACGGCGAGGUAGGCGUUGCAGCUGCGAGCGCCGUUGUCUCGGGGUGGGGGAACCUCGGUUCCAUUAUGACGACGUAUGCGCUUUAUAAUGGGUGGAGCGCUGAUGCGAAUGCGCCUGGGCGCGAGAAGUACCGGAAGAGUAAUCUGGUUAUGGUGGGGAUACUGGGGUUGAGUAUUUUGUCUGCGUUGGUUAUGUAUGUGCUUGUGAGGGUGGUUGAUGGAGGGAAGAAGGGGGAUGCUGAGGGGGAGUUGGAUGGGGCGGCGAGGAGGGAGGGGAGACAGAGGGGGUUCGAUGGGUUUGGUAAUGGUUUCAAAGGGUUGUUUAGGAAGCGUGAGCUUCAAGGUGAAAGGGCGUAA